AUGGCCCGCUCCUGCCUCCUCUGCUGCCUGCUGGGCCUCCUGGCGCUGACCUCCGCCUGCUACAUCCAGAACUGCCCGCUGGGCGGCAAGAGGGCCGUGCUGGACCUCGACGUGCGCAAGUGCCUCCCCUGCGGCCCCGGGGGCAAGGGGCGCUGCUUCGGGCCCAGCAUCUGCUGUGGGGACGAGCUGGGCUGCUUCGUGGGCACCGCCGAGGCCCUGCGCUGCCAGGAGGAGAACUACCUGCCGUCGCCUUGCCAGUCUGGCCAGAAGCCAUGCGGGAACGGUGGCCGCUGCGCCGUGGCCGGCAUCUGCUGCAGCCCGGACGGCUGCGGCAUGGAUCCCGCCUGCGACCCGGAGACUGCCUUCUCCCACCUCUGA